CAACAACCGUCGUGCCGCGCACUUAUUUACAGUGUACACUACAUAACCAGGGGAAACACUUGAAACUCCCCUUAAAUAUCUGGAACACUGCACCAACACUGCCUUCACCGCGACAGCAGUGCUACCAUUUAAUAAUAGAUAAUGGAAGAAAAAUUAAAGAAGGAGUUGGGGACGAGAAAACUGAAAUCAACUGGUUACGCUGGAAGUGGAUGUGUCAGCGAGGGACAGAGUUAUGACACAGACACUGGGAAAGUGUUUGUAAAGAUUAAUCACAAAAGCGAGGCCAAACGGAUGUUUGAUGGAGAAAAAGCCAGCUUGGAAGCCAUUCUAAAGACAGAAACUAUUAAAGUACCCAAACCGAUUAAGGUCAUUGAGCUUGACAAAGGAGGAUGUGUACUUGUGAUGGAACAUCUGGAUAUGAGACACCUUACCAAAUAUUCCAUACAGCUGGGAGAGAAGUUAGCAGAUCUGCAUCUUCACAACAAGAGACUGUUGGAAAAACUGAGUACAGAGCAGCAGACUGUGGGAAAGGGUCCUGGCCAGUCGGAUGUCACUGCCGUUGAGAAGUUUGGCUUCAGUGUAAACACAUGCUGUGGCUACCUACCACUGAUGAAUGAGUGGAAAGAUGACUGGGUGACAUUUUUCUCCCAGCAGAGGCUUCAGUACCAGCUUAGUGUGUUGGAAAGCACCUAUGGUGACAGGGAAGCUCGAGAAUUGUGGGCACAGCUUCAGCUCAAGAUCCCUCAGUUUUUCAAAGAUGUGGAGAUUAUUCCAGCUCUCCUCCAUGGGGAUUUAUGGGGAGGCAAUGUGGCAGAGUGUGCUGAAGGCCCCGUCAUCUUUGACCCUGCCUCCUUUUACGGCCAUUCAGAGUUUGAGCUGAGUAUUUCCAAGAUGUUUGGUGGCUUUGAUGAAUCAUUUUUCACUGCAUACCAUACAAAAAUUCCCCAAGCAUCAGGCUUUGCAAAUAGAAACCAGCUUUACCAACUCUUCCAUUAUGUAAAUCACUGGAACCACUUUGGUGGUGGUUACAGAGGGUCUUCAAUAAGAAUAAUGAAAAACCUUGUGAAAUAAUACUUAUGCUUGCACUAGUCGAAAUAUGCACACAUCAAACUUAAGCAUAAGUAUAUAAUGACAUCUGCUAUUAAGAUUAAUAGGUAUUAUUGAGAAACAAACAUAUCUCUGUGUUUUAACAUGUCACAAAAACAUCUUCCAAUAAAUGACUUAAAUUGUAUAUUGAUACAAUAGGUGUGCAGCUUGGUUUGUUCUUUAAAUUGCUGGCUAGAUUAAACCUGAAACAUGUACAUAAAAUGCAGUAUUUCCUCAAUUUGACCAAAAGUAAAAACCUGGGAUAUAGAGAGUUUUAUUUUUUUUAUUUUGUAUGGUAUCUUGAAAUGUUAAUGAACAAAAAAAAAAUACACAACCUCUCAUUUUUUUACAAUUUUGGAAUGUUUUCUACUUUAAAAGCGUGUGUAUUUAGGGUCAUUUUAAAAUAGAAAAUGUUAACUGUAGGGAUUCACUGUUACUUGACAUUUUCAUCCAAAAAGUCAUUAAAUUCUGCCUGAAAUAU